AUGGUCGGGACACUUUUCUCUACAGCCCUCCUCCUCAAUGGAGCUGUGGCCUUCCCUCACAUCGCGGAGAUGGUCGCGAAGCAGAAGCGACAGGUGCCAGAGGGUGCCAUCCCCUUCCCAGAGUGGCCUGGCACUCCGAACCACGCCAUCUUCAGCGGUUUCGACGCUGAGCAGCAACUCGUGUCGGUCUCUGGUGAGCACGAGUUCCGACCACCGGGACCAGGCGACAUCAGAGGUCCAUGCGCUGGCUUGAACUCAGCAGCCAACCACGGAUACAUUCCACGCGACGGAAUUGCGACACCAGAGGCUAUCAACACUGGUCUUUGGGAGGCGUUCUCGCUCGAUGGCACCGCGACACUCUUCCUGAACACCGCGACCUCGUUUUUCAACGGAGACCCAUUCUCAGGUCGCUGGUCGAUCGGACCUCACUCGCCCAAGACGAACUCACUGGGCGCUGUCGGAAACCUUCUCGGCAACCAGACCGGUAUCUGCGCAUACGGACACUUGCGAUCAGAAGGAGAUGCCUCCAUCACUCGCGGUGACUGGUUGGCACCAGCGAUGGCCUCCAACUGCAUUUCAUACCCACAGUUCUUGCAAGAACUUUUCGACGUUGCGGACGAGAUGGGCGGUGGUCUCAUCACCCCACGUGUGCUUGCUCAGCACUCUUCCAACCGCAAGAAGUACAGCAUUGCCAACAACCCCAACUACUUCUCGCCACCAUAUGCUGGUGUUGCUUUCACCUUUGGUGCCCACAUGUUCGCCUUCCAGUUGCUUGCCAACCACUCUGCUGAAGAGCCACGCGGUUUCUUGACCAAGGAGGUCUUUAUGGAGCACUUUGGCUACGACCGUGACGACCAAGGCAACCUCCGAUACACUUUUGGCCACGAGCGCAUCCCAGAGAACUGGUAUAAGCGCUCCGAGCAAGACCCAUGGACCCUCACCGAUAUUGUGGUCUCUACCGCCCAGCAAUGCGCCACCUACCCAGGUAACUGCCAAGUCGGCGGCAACACCGGUACAGUCAACAGUUUCAAGGGUGUCGAUCUCACCGACCUCUCCGGAGGACUUAUCAACAGCGUCGAAGACUUCCAGGACCCCAACCAGCUGGGCUGCUUCAUUGCACAGAGCAUUAAGGCUGAUACUCCUUCCGCUUUGUCGAACGUCUUCGAGGGACCACUCUUGUCGCAAGCUCUCAACCUAAUCGACAGCAAGCUUGCGCCAGCACUUCGCGGACUUGGAAACUGCCCCAAUGUGCCUGAGGGCAAAGGUUUGGGCGAGGUUGAUGCUCCUUUCCCAGGUGCGAGCAGUGCUUCGGAGGGUCCUCGUGGUCCUUUCCGUUAA